GCCGUCACAGGGUAAUAAGCUCGACAACUAGAGUACUAAGGUACUAUAUCACAUUGCAAUCAUGGAGGAACAUUCAUUUCCGCCACUUCAGAACGACUUGAUCUUGAGGGCUGCAUGGGGUCAGACCGUCGAACGGCCGCCCAUCUGGGUGAUGCGGCAGGCUGGUCGCUAUCUCCCCGAAUACCACGAAGCCAAGGGAUCCCGAGAUUUCUUCGAGUGCUGCAGAGACCCGGAGGUUGCAUCUACCUUGACACUGCAGCCCAUUGAGCGCUAUGCCGGGCUUGUCGACGCCGCCAUCAUAUUCUCCGACAUUCUCGUGAUCCCGCAGGCCAUGGGCAUGGUCGUGGAAAUGGUAGACAAGAAGGGUCCGCAUUUCCCGAACCCCCUGCGGAGCCCGGACGACGGACAGUACGCCGAGGUGAUGCAGCGCGACGUUGAUGUCGCAAAGGAGCUCGACUAUGUCUACAAGGCUAUAACCUUGACCAGGAAGAAGCUGCAGGGGCGCGUGCCUCUGUUUGGGUUUUGCGGGGCGCCAUUCACUUUGUUCUGCUACAUGGUGGAAGGUGGCGGGACCAAGCUGUUCAAGGAGACCAAGACGUGGAUCUAUAAAUACCCGGAGGAGACCAAGGCUCUUCUACAGAAGAUCUCAGAGCUCUGCGUUGAGUAUCUCGCUCUUCAGGUCAAGGCCGGAGCCCAGCUCAUUCAAGUGUUCGACUCAUGGGCCGGCGAGUUGUCACCGUCCUCGUUCAAGAAAUUCUCGCAACCUUAUUUGGCUCACAUUGCUAAGCACCUUCCUCCGAGGCUCAGAGGGAUGGGCCUGGAGCCCGUGCCAAUGGUCGUCUUCCCCAAAGGCGCAUGGUACGCACUCGACGCCGCGUGUGAUUUGGGGUACAACAUUGUCGGUCUUGAUUGGCUCCACGACCCAGCGGAGGCUGUCAAAACGGUUGGCAACCGGCCAGUUGUUCUUCAGGGCAACGCUGAUCCCGGUGUUCUGUAUGGCUCGCAUGCCGCCAUCACGGAGGCUGUGAAGGAUAUGGUGGAGGGCUUUGGCUGGGCAAGCCGGAAGAAGGGUUGGAUUGUAAACCUCGGGCAUGGAAUCACACCCUUCGUCAACCCAGAGGAUUUGAAGUUCUUCUUCCAGGAAAUCCACCGCCUGACCAGGACGGAUGCCCCAUAGCACGGCGGAUCCUAGGGCUGUUUGUACGAGUACGACGAUAUGUUUGCCA